UCAGAGGACAAGAAGGAAGAUGAAUUUCAGCCGAUACCCAGUGGAAGCGACCGGUAUUUCGAUGGUGCAAAAUGGAAAAAUAAGGACCUACAUGCUCUCUAUCCUCUGGUCGGACCGCAACAACAUUCUCAUAUACAGAACGUAUGAGGAAUUCAAGGAUCUGGCCAAGCAACUGAAAAGGAAUUUUCCAUUGGAAUCUGGGCUUUUAAAUAAAUCAGAAAGAAUCAUUCCCAUUCUUCAAGACAUCCCCUUGAUUUACAGAAGCUUCUCCAACCGCUUUAUUGAGAGGCUGCAUAUGGUUCAAAUUUACUCCGAGGAGUUGCUACAAACUGAUUCAAAGAUUUCUCAGAGUGAAGAUGUCAUUCGGUUCUUCUCCCCGACUAGUGAGGACCUUGCCCCCACCUUCGUAGACAACAGCCUGGUGAUAAUGCCUUCAGACAAAGACCAAGUCCAUAAAAAGAUCAACCACAGAAUGCAGUCCUCGGCACCAGUAUCAGAGCCAGUGAUUAGCCAGAAAUACAUCUGCAUUGAAACAUUUGAAACCAAAGACACCAAGAACAGGCCUUUCAAAGUCAGCAAAGAUGAAUUAAUUGAUGUGGUCAUCAAAGAUCCUACAGGCUGGUGGCUGGUAGAGAAUGAAGAUAAAAGCUUAGCAUGGUUUCCUGGGCCCUAUUUGGUACAGCCUGAGGAUGCGGCCUACAAAUGCUCAGGCACGAAGUCAAGUGAUGGCAAAUCCUAUUAUGCAGUAAAGGGAUACCAGGCUCACAACUCUGAUGAACUUUCCCUGGGAGUAGGCGUGGUUGUUGAAGUAACAGAGAAAACUGACAAUGGCUGGUGGCGAGUCUGUUACAAUGGUCGGUGCGGUUACGUUCCAUCUAUGUUCCUGAAGCCAUACUGCAACCCCCACCAGCAACUGCAGGUCACCUUUGCUCAUUCCAGAUUUGGAUCCGCCCCCAACCUCCACAAGGAUCCAAGCUGCCUCGGUGGAAUCCAUGAUCCUGGUACUGAAGACAGACAGUCUGGAUCUGAGAAUGGGAAUAGUGACAUGUCUGUUAGCUGGAGAAGGUCUCGUUCCAUGGGUGAGUUCAAAGAUUUUCAAGAAUUUCAUGGAGACGUCCUGGAGACAAGAUCUUUUAUAGAAGGUUUCGCUGCAUGGCAAGUCCCUCAGCAUGAUGAUUAUCCCUUGCCAACUACAGAAAGCAACAACAGUGAAAAGAUCACAAUUAUUAUAUCACCAGAUGAUGAUGAAAGAGCGAACCAAAGCCAAACAGAUUCCACACAAAGCAGCCUAAGAAAAGAUUCUGGGCUGGAUCAAACGCAUUCUGCUACAGGUUUCUACGUUUCACGUUUUUCACCAGACACCAUGUCCAACACCAGACCACCAAUGGUGCCUCCAAGGCCAACACGCCAAGAAAUACUAACCAGGUGCACCACCAUAACCAAAACGGCUUCCCAAAUCUAAUACGUAGUUGCCAAAAAAGUAACCAAAAAAGUAUUUAAAGGACCACUAUAUCCUCAAUUGUUUUUUUCUGUAGAACAGUUUGUACUACUGUGGAAUGCCAAUGCUGAUGUAGAAUGUAUACUUUAUUGGGCACCUGCAGAGGCCCCCUCCUGACCUGCAUCACCUGCACUGCCGAAUAUGGCUCCCUCCCGGCUUCAGAAGGACGUGUAAGUUCUAUAUGGAAGGGAUUACUGAGAGCUGCACUUAAACAGCAGCACAUCAGCCAUAAAGAAAAAGAUGGCUCCCCAAAAAGAUUUACUAACAUAGGCAUGGCGCGAGUGCAGUUACCCAUAACCACCAACCAAAUCCUUGCUCUUUGUCAAGUAGCUGUCUCAACGGCUGUGCAUAAUUAACCAUUUAUAUAUCAGUGUAUAUGGUUUAUAUGGUAUGUAAUUAAUACUUUAUAAUGCUAUGUUUUGUAUCUACCUUGUCUGUAAUAAACAAUACGUUUUUCAUCUUAA